AUGCUGCUGCAAGCUUUUAUAGCUAUCCUCACCUUUUCUCUUGGGACAGCAAAGGCUGCUCCAAGGCAUGUCUGCACCUACUACGAUGUUAUUGAAUACUUGAACAUCUCCUCGCACAGCAAGCUGCACUCACACAUACUGCCCAAGACAGACCUGAAGAAACCUGUGGAAGUGAGGAUGAAUUUUUUCCUGGUGGCUAUUCUCUCUGUGGUCGAGAAGCUCCAGACAGUCACUUUUUACUUUGUGUUGAGCCUGGAGUGGAAAAACACUUUUGCAACCUGGGACCCAAAGGAUUUCUGCAACAUUACCAAGGUGGUUCUGCCCACAGAAGCAUACUGGUCUCCUCCCGUCUUCAUAUUAGAAAAAGUGAACGGGCAAAGCUCAAACUUGGAGUAUGUGCAUGUCAUGCAUGACGGCAUCUUCAACUACACCCAGGCCUUCCAGGUCACCUUAACCUGCAGCUUGAUGAUCUUCAAGUUUCCUUUUGACACCCAGACAUGCAACUUGAGCAUAGCUUCAUUCCUGUACCCAGUAACAGACCUUGUCAUGAAGACAACACUGACAUCAGCUGAGAUGAUGCAAACCAGCAAGAGUUUCCUCCUAACUGAUGGAGAAUGGAAGUUCACCAACCUCAGCAUCGUUGAAUACCUAGAAGAAAUGAAUGAUGAAAGCUUUGGUGUGGUCACCUAUGUGAUUUCCAUGGAGAGACGACCCACUCUGUAUGUUUUGAACCUGAUCCUCCCAACGUGUGCCCUGUAUCUGCUGGAUAUGGCUGUGCUGUUCGGACCCAGCACUCUUGAGGAGAAAAUCAGUUUCCAGAUUGCCAUCAUCCUUGGCAGUUCCAUGUUAGCUGUGAUUCUCAAUGACAUCCUCCCAACUUCCUCCAACAAACCACCAGUAAUAGUGGUCUUCUUCUUAGGCACCUUCCUGCUCAUGAUCAUGGCUGUGUUAGACACCUUCUUCCUGAUGCACCAUCAACACAAAUGCCUACGCUUAGACAAGGUUCUUAGAAGCUUCCAGCAAGACAGACGUGCUGAGCUGGGCAGGAAAGACAUCAACCAGACCAAGACCCACCCAGCCAAGGAAGGUACCCACCUGCUGAACCUCCCCAAGGCAGCCCAGGAAAAAGGGCAGCCAGCCCAGCCCCACUGGCAGCUGCAGAAACAGGACCCUUUUUACCCAGUUCUGGAGAAGGUGCUUCUCUACAGCCACUUGCUCCUCUCCCUGGUGUUCUUCACUGUUAUUUCUAUAAAAUGGAGCAGCUAG